AUGCCAGCGGCAGACGGGCAGCCGCCUGUCAAGCUCUCCUUGCCCUUACAGUUCCAACAGGAACUCUACAAUCUUCUCCGCAGCGAAGAUGUCCUUGUCCUCCUUGCGCGUGGUCUGGGUCUACUCAAAAUCGUGACAAACCUCCUUCACUCAUACGAUGUAGCCGGCAACAGCCUCGUCAUCGUCGUUGGCGCAGAAGACCACGAGAACGAAUGGAUUGGUGAAGCUUUAGCCGAGCAUCAUGCUGUUACUCGAUCUUCACUCAGCAAGGGUCUCAAGGUGAUCAAUACUGAUAAGGCGACUGUUGCCGCACGUGAGAAGAUCUAUGCCGAUGGCGGGGUGGUCAGUGUUACUUCGAGAAUUCUCGUAGUGGACCUUGUGAGUGGUCUGCUUGACCCAGAGACUGUAACUGGUCUUGUUGUGCUGCAUGCUGAGAGGGUGGUCGCGACCAGUGUAGAGGCGUUUUGUGUCAGAGUGUUUCGGCAGAGUAACAAGAUCGGCUUUCUGAAGGCGUUUUGCGACAACCCUGAACCACUGAUCAGCAGCUAUGCUCCACUUGCGUCGAUGAUGAAAAACUUGUUCUUGAGACGACCUUCGAUCUGGCCUCGGUUUCAUUCAAGUAUUGCUCAGAGUCUGGAGGGGAAGCGCAAGGCAGAAGUCAUCGAGUUGGAGGUACAGAUGUCCGACUCUAUGAAGACCAUUCAGACUGCAGUGUUGGAAUGUAUUGAAGCGAGUAUUAGUGAAUUGAGGAAGGCAAAUGCUGGCGUCGAGAUGGACGACUGGAAUACUGAGUCGGCGCUGCAUACGAACUUUGAUGCUAUAGUCAGGCGGCAAUUGGAUCCUGUGUGGCAUCGAGUCAGUUGGAGGACGAAAGAGAUCGCGAACGAUUUGACUACACUACGAAGCAUUUUACAUGCAUUACUUUAUUACGAUUGUGUUUCUCUGCUAAAAUACCUGGACACAAUACUGGCAACCCACUCUCCACCACCUGGUUCGACAAGACAGAACCAAUCGCCUUGGCUGUUUCUCGAUGCAGCAGACACAAUCUUCCGCACUGCCAAAGACAGAGUAUACUCGGGCACGGUCAAAGACAAGGAAGCUCUACCAUCGAAUUCUCUGCCCGACACGCUCUCUCCAGUCCUUGAAGAGCAACCAAAAUGGGCUCUCUUAUCGGAGAUCCUCACCGAGAUCGAAACAGAACACUACUUCAACCCACAACUACGCGACGACUCCAGCAACAGCACCCUAAUCAUGUGCAACGACGGAAGGACAUGCCGCCAAGUCCGCGAAUACCUCGAGACCAUGCACGUGAAACCCCGACCACAAGACAUGAACAACGGCAUCGCGCCCCACCAAGAAGAAGCAGAAAACCAAAAAGGAUCAGCCGAGUUCAUGCUCCGAAGAAAACUGCGCGAAUACCUCAACUGGCGCAAGACCUUCACCACGGUCAGUUCACAGCUCUUCGACGCGAACCAGAAAUCCAUUAAUGACAUCAAAAAUAAUGGGAUCAACCCUCGGCUUAGCAACAAGCCACCACCUAAUAAACGCAGGCGCAUGAGAGGUGGUGGAAAUAUCGGAUCGUUAAGACGAAGCGGUUCCGGUGCAGUGGGACAGCUCGACGAGAAAGAGGCUCAAGUCAACGUGUUGCUUGCGGAGCUUCGACCGACAGAGGCAGAGACCAUGCAAAAAGACGACGUGGUCAUUGACGAUCUAGUCGACGCGUUCGAGGAUCACUUUGAGCUCUACGAGCCGGCUGAUGAGAUUGUCGUGCACCCGUAUUCUGGCGAUGCUGAUGAUCUGUUGCUGGAGGAGGUCAGGCCGAAGUAUAUCGUUAUGCUGUCGCCAAAUACUGAUUUUAUCAGACGGGUCGAAGUGUAUCGAUCGUCACAUACGAGUUUGGAUGCUGGUGUGCGUGUCUAUUUCAUGUACUAUGCUGAUAGUGUCGAGUACAGGCGCUAUCUCAGCAGUGUCAGACGUGAAAAGGACGCGUUCACGAAACUCAUUCGGGAAAGGGGAAGUAUGGCGAUGACUUUGAAUGAUGGCAAAAAGGUAUCUGAUCAGGAAGCGUUUCUACGCACGGUCAAUACCCGUAUCGCGGGAGGUGGCAGGCUUGCAGCUACUGCAGAACCACCUAAAGUCGUGGUCGAUUUGCGAGAGUUUCGCUCGGCGCUGCCUAGCCUGUUACAUGGUAGGAACAUGCAUAUUGUGCCUUGUCAGCUCACCGUGGGCGACUAUGUUCUCUCUCCGGAGAUCGCAGUCGAGCGAAAGUCCAUCUCGGAUCUGAUUUCGUCCUUCAAAUCUGGACGCCUAUUCAACCAAGCAGAGACAAUGUUGCAACACUACAGAUACCCUUUCCUACUCAUUGAGUUCAACGAGAACAAAUCAUUUACUCUUGAUCCUUUCGCCGAUCUUACUUCAUCUCUUUCGAAUCUCAAGAUCCCUGAUAGCGAGAGCAAAGAUUUGCAGUCGAAAAUCGUCCUUUUGACAUUGACCUUUCCUCGACUCAAGGUCAUUUGGUCUUCUUCUCCUUAUCAGACUGCACAGAUCUUCGAGGAGCUCAAGAAGCAACAACCUGAGCCAGAUCCCAUGCAAGCUGUUCGGAUCGGGCUCGAGGAUGAUGAAGCGGAAGGUGAGCGCACGUUCAAUAUGGCGCCGCUGGACUUGCUCAGGACGAUACCUGGUGUGAGUGGCAAGAAUGCACAGAGGCUCUACUUGGAAUGUAGAGAUAUCAAAGAGGUGGCGAAUAUGGACGUGAGUGAGUUUGACCCGCUUGUGGGAAGAGAGGUAGGCAGGCAGAUUGUGAGAUUCUUCACCAGGAGUGCGUUUGAAGAUGAACCGCCGCUGUAA